CUGGCAGGAGCGAGGCAGCAACGGCCAUCUACUACAGCUCUGUAAUGACAACAUUACUGACACAUCUGCCUAUAGACGUCCAUGGCAAAGACCCAGAGUCAAGCAUACGAUGGUGCUUCCAUCCAGCCUAGCUUGAUGUUGUGUUCCUGUGCUUCCUCAUCAAUGGUAAGGACCCAGCUGAACUCCAGCCUUCGUCACCGUCUCAGCAUGGAGGUCAACAGCGGAGAGACGAGCCGGCCAAAGACGCCUUCGCUCACGUCUCCCCAAUCGCGCAAGAAGGAGGACUUUACAUUCGGCAAAAUUUUGGGAGAGGGGUCCUUCUCGACGGUCGUGCUUGCUAAAGAACUGGCCACAGGAAGGGAAUAUGCAAUGAAGAUUCUGGAGAAGAACCACAUAAGGAAAGAGAACAAAGCACACUAUGUUAUGCGGGAGAAAGAUAUACUGUCAAGCAUUAAUCAUCCCUUUUUCGUAAAGCUGUACUUCACAUUUCAAGAUUCACAUAAGUUAUAUUUUGCUCUCAGUUACGCAAAGAACGGAGAGCUUCUUCGGUACAUUCGUAAAAUAGGCUCAUUUGAUGAGACUUGCACAAGAUUCUACACUGCUGAGAUAGUUUGUGCACUUGAAUAUUUGCACUCAAUAGGAAUUAUUCAUAGGGACCUUAAACCAGAGAACCUUUUACUGAAUGAAGAGAUGCACAUUCAAAUUACAGAUUUUGGGACUGCAAAACGGUUGCUGUCGGAUAGCACUCAAAAAAGAGCAAAUUCUUUUGUUGGGACUGCACAGUAUGUUUCUCCAGAGCUGCUGACCGAAAAAUCAGCUUGCAAAAGCUCGGACCUCUGGGCACUUGGUUGCAUAAUCUACCAACUGGUGGCUGGAUUACCUCCGUUUAGAGCCGGGAACGAGUACUUGAUUUUCCAGAAGAUUCUCAAGCUGGAGUACAAGUUUCCUGAGAAGUUCUUCCCCAAAGCUAAAGAUCUGGUGGAGCGGCUGUUGUGUUCGGACCACACAAAGCGACUGGGAUGUGAGGAAAUGGGUGGGUUCAAUCCUCUGAAAAGCCACAUGUUCUUCGAGACAGUCUCAUGGGAGAACCUGCAUGUUCAGACUCCACCCAAGCUGACUCCUUACUUGCCGGCCAUGGCUGAAGAUGAUGAAGAUUACUAUGGAAAUUAUGAGGAUCUUCUCAGCCAGUUUAGCAGCCUUCAGGUUGUUCCAUCCAGGUCUUCCCAGGCCCUCUCAGUCCCGACCACUGUUCUCCCCCAGAGAUCCUGCAGCAAUAUUGAGCAAUACAUCCACGAUCUGGACUGCAACUCAUUUGAGCUGGACCUACAGUUCUCCAGGGAGGAGAAACAACUCCUCUUGCAGAAGCAAGCGAGUGGCAACCCUUGGCACCAGUUUGUUGAAAAUAAUUUGAUUUAUAAAAUGGGACCAGUGGACAAAAGAAAGGGACUGUUUGCUAGACGCAGACAGCUUUUGCUGACUGAAGGACCACAUCUAUAUUACGUGGACCCUGUGAAUAAAGUACUAAAGGGGGAAAUCCCAUGGUCUCCAGAGUUGCGUCCUGAGGCCAAGAACUUUAAGACAUUUUUCGUGCACACGCCAAACAGGACAUAUUAUCUAAUGGAUCCUAGUGGUAAUGCAGACAAAUGGUGUAAGAAGAUCCAAGAGGUGUGGGGAACAAUAUACCAUUAACAUCAGACUCAAGGUAUGACGGGGCGUCAGAGGACAGCCACAGUCAAGUCUUCAUGGUCAGAGCCCUUCAGGUCAAUAACCAGAGAGAAACUUCUUUGUGUGCUUGUACAAUUCCUAAGUCUAUUGCACCAGUGUUCCUUUAUGAAAAAAGGAUGUUUUGCUCACUCGCUGUGUUUCUCAUAUUGCUGUAAUGUAAAAUCAAUCAAUACAGCAAAUCUGUAAGUGGUAUAUUUUGUAUGUGUAUGUUUAUACAUAGGAAAUACCCUUCAAAGCUUUGGAAAACAGAAACACUCACAAAUAUGUUGCCUUGUAAAAUAAUUCCAAAUGCUUUUGGCUGCUUCCCCGGUUGCUGUCAUAGCUUUAGUGGACCAGAGACACUCAGAUUAUCCUGCAGGUCAAGUAUAUAUUUAAACGAUAAUGAAAAACAUGAAAAUAGUAUAUUUAUUCUUUUAGACAUCAUAUUUACACGUGUAAGAUCCACUGGUAGUUUAACAAUGACUGCGCUUCUCUGCAGUUUUAGCAUUUUUAAUCAUUAUGAUGCUGCAUACUGUAUUGAAAACUGCUGUAAAAUGGGAUUUAUUUAUAUUGGUGAAGAAUAAGUGUUGAGUCAUCAUCGUACUUAAAAUUUUGUAAAAUUGCUUAAAUCUACUGUUUAUAUUUGUUAUUAUAUUUUGCUUAAAACAUUUGUUUGAAAGUCAAAAUAAGGUACCUUGCACCACAUACACAGCAAGAAAGCGACAUGACACAAUCUAACAAACGUAGACCGUUCUCAUAUUCAACAAAACAGCGACAGUUGAUUGUAACGAAAGCGGUCUCAUCUUGUAGUGUUGUGUAGAGUCGCUCACCAGGAGUGUAAACAUGGUGUUAUUCCUACAGGGACUGUGCUGUGAAGAGAAUCGUAACUGUAAAUAAGGGCCAUGUUUAGAGAUGCAGCUAUUGUGUAUACUAAAGGAUGUUUGGUUCAAAACAGAUCACGUGAGAGCUGUGUGUUUGUUAAAUUUUCUGUUUAAAAAUCGAUUAGGUUUGUCACCGAACACAACUGUGAUGUACAGACGAUGCAUUAUUCCGAGAGUAACACAGUGUUACUAGAUUUGCACCUUGUAUAAUUUUAUUCUUAUAUGAAGUUAUUUGCUGGCAGUGGCUCAGCCUGUAGUAUCUUGUAUUAUUUAAAUUCUAAUAUUCAGAGAUUUAAUUGAACCAUGUUCAGGGGCCAUGUUUUGUAAAUAUUGACAUGUAAAGCCUUUGAAUGUGAAUAAUCGCUGAAUAAAGGGUCCAGUGUUUAUGCUGUUGGGUUUCUAUAAUUCUACUGAAGAAUGUCCUGGAGAAAUUCAUGCUGAGUCUCAUAAUAAAAGCAUAUUUGAAGAGUAAUAUAUUUUUUGUCAAUAGCCUUUGGAAGCAUGUGCAAGACAGCAGUGCUAAGACAACAGUUCCCAAUAGACUUCCCCUGUCUUAAAGAUUUCACAGUUGGGUCUCUCAUGCAUGCAGGCUGUUUACAUUUCUCCACGUCUUGUAGAGCAGAAUGAGGUCAUACUGAAUAAACUCACUUUUGAGCUUUCCAGGUCUAAAGAUGUACAGUAAUGUAAUACCCACAGGGUGUCCAAGACAGCAACGUGGCAUUAUUCCUGUUGCUUAGUAGGAUAUACAUUUCACUUUGACAAAAGCAGGUGUGUCAAGUGUAUAGAUGUGAUUUACUGUAUCAACACUUUUGUUAUCUUCACAUCGUCUUGAGUAAACCUGGACAUGUCCCAUAUGACAAGGGCAGAAUAUCUUACAAUAUACUGUAUUAUUUCACUAUUGUUUAUCUAAAUGUUCAUAAAAUAAAAUG